AUGAUUUUCCUUCACGGAGGUAGCGCCUUAUUUCAUUAUAUUUAUUAUGCAACAGACAAGUAUUGCGAAGUUGUGUCUAAUCGUCAGGUGAAGCAAGGUCGCGGAUCUGCCUCCAUACAGGUCGAGUAUAUUGAACUGAGCAGCAAGAAACAGAUGACGCUUAAUUUGCCCAUUGGCGCUAAGGUGGAGAAGAUCGAUGUCGAUCGCCACGGUGCAUUGGUACAAUACGUGGACGAGGACACACGCGAGAUUGUGGUCUCUGACCAGAACUUUGAGGAUACUCGCAUCCCCGUGAGCCUGGUCGGCGACGGCGCUAAGUUAUUGGAGGCCGGGGACGAGCUGCAGGUGUUUUACCAUGACCGCACAAUCGUGAAGGUGGGAUUGCCCAACAGUGUGCAAUCGAGGCUGAAGUGA